CUACGAAAUAGCACCAAACUAUCGGUUAGCAGUUGGGACUAGCGUUACUUUGCUAUGGGGAUUCCUGCCUAACGUUAUAUGUUUGUUAACUUUUUUGCUUCUAAGGAAGAGGGGGUGCGCGACGAGCUCAAAAACAUAUCGGUUUAUGGCUCACUCCUGAGUCCCGCAGCUCGCGCUUUACCUGUGGGGCAAAUGUGUCAACUGGCGAGCAACGGUUUCCGCUCGCGCGGUGUUGUGACGGCUAGCCGUUGUCCGCUAGCAGGCUAGCUAGCGCGUAUGGCUGGUGUCGGGUACCGCUACGAAGAGGGCGAUAAUUAGCGUUGCGAGCGGGCUAUACUCUGCUCGGCGGCUAGUUUGCGGUGGACAGUUUCGCCAUCUCUUAACACCGGCCACUUUACGGAUAAUGCUCUGGAUGUCACAGCGAGGGCGAUCGGAAAAUGGAAAUAUUAUAUUAACAUCAAGUGGAUUACUGAACGUGUCAUAAAUAUGGAGUGAAUUCCUUUACAACAUCAUGCACGCCGUCAAAUCAAAGCUCCACUGCCGCAGAGAUUCCGUGCCCUCGCGUUUGGAUUUUUCUGGCCGUUUUUAAAGUCCAGCUGCCACGACUGGAUGUGCAGCUUAAAUCUUCUUGUCUUCAUCCAAUGUGCUUCCGGUAAAACAUUAAUUAUGUGUCAGCAGCGUUUGGACAUGCGGCGAUUCCUAUAAACACUAGCGUGAAUUCGUGCAAAGGAAGCCCAAAGAAGGAAGUCCAGGGCGGGAUAGGCACGCAGACGCUACCCGCUCCCGAAGAAACAUGGCCUCGGUGUGGAAGAGACUGCAACGUGUGGGGAAGCAUGCCUCCAAAUUCCAGUUUGUGGCUUCCUAUCAAGAACUGAUGGUGGAAUGCACUAAGAAAUGGCAGCCGGACAAACUGGUGGUGGUUUGGACGCGCAGGAGUCGGCGGAAAUCAUCCAAGGCUCACAGCUGGCAGCCUGGCAUCAAAAACCCCUACAGAGGAGUGGUGGUGUGGCCUGUGCCAGAGAACAUCGAGAUCACCGUCACUCUCUUUAAGGACCCCCAUGCAGAGGAGUUUGAAGACAAAGAGUGGACGUUUGUCAUUGAAAACGAGUCUCCGUCGGGCCGGAGGAAGGCUCUGGCCACCAGCAGUAUCAACAUGAAGCAGUACGCCAGUCCCAUGCCCACGCAGACGGACGUCAAGCUCAAGUUCAAGCCCCUGUCCAAGAAGGUGGUGUCGGCCACGCUGCAGUUCUCCCUCUCCUGCAUCUUCCUCCGUGAGGGAAAGGCCACUGACGAGGACAUGCAGAGCCUGGCCAGCCUGAUGAGCAUGAAGCAGGCCGACAUCGGCAACCUGGACGACUUUGAGGAGGAGAAUGAGGACGACGAGGAGAACCGGGUUAACCAGGAGGAGAAGGCCGCCAAAAUCACAGAGAUAGUAAACCAGUUGAAUGCCCUCAGCUGCUUACAUGAUGAUGAUGAUGGUCUCCUAAAGCGAGCUUGCAAAGCAACCGCUAAGCCCGCCGCUUCCUCCCAAGAGCUCAUUAACAAGCUGAACUUCCUGGAAGACGAGGAUCUGGAAGCGUCUCCGGCCAUGUGCACCAAUCCCUUCGCCGGGGGCGACGACGACCUCCACCCAAACCACCACAACCCGUUUGGUGACCCUGACGAGGAAGAACUUCCUGCCCAGCCGGCGCCGAGGCAUCAGGUCGACGACGAUUCCCUCUUCGACCACGACUCGUCGAAUCCGUUUGACGAGCCGGACGAAGCCGGGACCGCACCCCCCCCGGGGAACCCCUUCGAUGAGCUCGACCGGGACGCCGACCUCCAGCCGGACCCGGAACCGCCAAAGCCCAGGCCGAGGAAAGGAGUGCGGCCUGUCGACAUGAGCAAGUACUUGUACGCCGACACCUCUCACAACGAGGAGGAGGAGCUCGAUGAAUCCAACCCGUUCUACGAGCCGAGGACAUCCAGCCCCGAGCGGACCCCCGCCGCCGGCCUCUCCCCAGACUUGGGCAGCGGCCAGAAGAGGAGGGCUCCCCCGCCCCCGAGUUCUGGCACAAGUCCGCCCGGACCGGGGCUGGAGAGGGAGAGAACCCAGCCGGUCGGGCCCGGCCCGGUCGCAGCGCUGAUGGGGAGAGAGCUGGCCUCCUUCUCCCCGAAGCCCAGCCCCGUCCCGAGCCCGGUUCUGGGAGGGAAGCCCAACGCCAGCCAGUCUCUGUUGGUCUGGUGCCGCGAGGUCACAAAGAACUACCGCGGGGUGAAGAUCACCAACUUCACCACCUCCUGGAGGAACGGCCUGGCCUUCUGCGCCCUGCUGCACCACUUCAGGCCGGACGUAAUAGACUACAAGUCACUCAAUCCUCAGGAUAUUAAAGAAAACAACAAAAAGGCGUACGACGUCUUCGCCAGCCUCGGCGUGUCCCGCCUCCUGGAGCCGUCGGACAUGGUGCUGCUGGCCAUCCCCGACAAGCUGACGGUGAUGACCUACCUGUACCAGAUCCGGGCCCACUUCUCCGGCGAGGAGCUCAACGUGGUGCAGAUCGAGGCCAACAGCAGCCGCAGCACCUACAAGGUGGGCGACUUCGAAACGGACACCAACGCCUCCAUCGGUCAGGACAAGUUCUACGCCGAGCUCAACGACGUGCAGCUCCAGCCGCCCGCCCCCGAGGCCGGAGGGCACGCCGCCGAGGACGGCGCCAAAGCUGCCGAGGAGGAGGAGGAGGCGCCGGGUUUGGGCACCGAGGCGAGGGCGUCCGGGCCUUCGCAGCCCUCCCCUCCGGCGCCGUUACCCGCCACGGCCCCCGCCCCCCAGACCAGCGCCGAGGACAGGGCCAGUCUGCUCAAGGCCAACACGUUGGACCUCAGCGAGCUGCCGCAGAGGCUGGAGAGAGAGACAGAGAAGGAGAGACAGCGGGAAGAGGAGCAAAGGGAGGGGGGGACGCAACCAGCGUCCCCCACCAGGAGGGGGGCCUCCCCGCCACAUCACAAACUGGGCUUCUCUUAUAACAGGGACGCAGACCUCAUCAAGAAGAAGCGGGCCAGCCUGCGUCACUCUGAGUCCGACCCCGCCUCUGAAACCAACGCCCCCCCGGUCAACCACACGGACCCCCCCCCCAAACAGGAGCCGCCGCCCGCCGCCGUGUCGAGCCCCCCCGCUGAGAAGAAGGCGCUCUCUCGCCAGGAGGAGCUGAAGGAGCGAGCCCGCCUCCUCCUGGAGCAGGCCCGCCGAGACGCUGCCAUGAAGGCCGGCAGCAAGAACGCCGCCUCCUCCGGCGCCACGGCAACCGGCCGGCCCACGGGCGUCUGUGAUGAGCGUGACGCAGAGCGCCGCAGACAGCUGAGAGAGCGAGCCAGGCAGCUGAUCGCAGAGGCCCGGUCCGGAGUCAAGAUGUCCGACAUCAGCCUGCUGGACGCGUGCGGCGCCGAGAGAGGCAGCAGCAGCAGAGCGAGCGCCGCCGGAGAUGUUACCUGCAACCGCCAUGAGGAUGAUGGUGAGAGGGGUGAGGAGGAGGAGGAAGAGGGGAGGUCUGAGGCUGAGGCACUCCGUUUCAGUGGUGGCGGCGGUGAUGGUGAUGAUGAUGAUGCUGCCACAUCUGCUUCUGCGCCGGUUACUAACCCAGUGCAGGGGGAGGCCUCUCUUCCAGCCACCUCCAGCACCCACGCAGCCCCGGAGCUCACUAACCCCGCCUCCGAGCUAACUCCUCUGGGUACAAACAGUAAACAUGUGGAUCUGAAGCUGAAGAAGCUGGUGGAGCUCAGCCCGAGAGGAGUCACCUCCCCUUCGUCUCCGUCUUCCUCCUCCUCCUCCUCCUCCACACCCACCACCUCCUCCACCUCCCCAGUCAGCCCCACAGAAGGACUGGAGAACAACGGCGAGGACCUGCGGGCCGAGCGUCUGCGCAGAGCCACGGAGCGUCUGCGCAGCCCCGUGGUCUUCAACAAGGACUCUGCCGUCAGGAAGACUCAGCUCAAGUCCUUCAGCCAGUACGUGGAGAGCAGACCAGAGGUGAAGAGGCAGAAGUCCGUCCCUGAGGACCUGAGGAGAGCCGAGGAGGACCUCGAUGUCCGCAGACCCUUUGAGGAGGAGGUUCGUCACUUUCUCAAUAAACAAGAGCUUAUGCUCCUUCCUGUACGUUGCCUUAGUUCCUGUCUGGCCUGAAACAAUUCUAUCAUUGA